AACGUACGGAAGAAGAAUUCAAAAUAAUAUAGAUUUGAAUAACAAUAGUGUGCUGCUUCACAGCAUUCACACUAAUAAUAAAGGUUAGCAAUAGUUGUCUAGUUGUUCUUGUAAUUGUCAAGUGUCCCAUCGCCCUUUCACGGUCACUCUGUCCCUCUGCUUCACUGUCACACGCCUCCUCCUCUGCCUGGCAGUGACCAUGGCUAUCCUCUCCUUCUGGCUAUACUAACUAAAUUGGCCCCAAGGUGUGUCGGACCACCAGGCAAAUGCCAGAUUACCAGUCCAGCCCUUGACAACACAAAGAGAGCCUGCAGGCUAUGCAGAGGUGGUAGUACACUAUGUGCUCACCAAGCAAGGUUUCGGUGCAGACAGGGCAGCAGAUCUGGAAAAGUCUGUUUGCUCUGUUGAGAAGCAUCAGUUUAUUGGCCAGACAGCAUGUGCCAAAUGUACUUAUGAGAGUGCAGUUUGAAGUGAUUUAUACCAUAAUUUUUAAUACAAAUAAAACUUUUGGUAGACACAAUCUCUGUCUUCUCUCCUGCAAUCACAGCUGAGACCCUGGUGAGGCAGGUGAAGAGGACUCGUAUCAAAAGAGAGGACUUUCACAUCCUGAAGGUCAUCGGCCGAGGCACGUUUAGUGAGGUUGCUGUGGCCAGGAUGAGAAGCACACAACAAGUUUAUGCUCUGAAAAUUAUGAAUAAGUGGGACUUGCUGAGGCGAGGAGAGACAGCAUGUUACCAGGAGGAGAGGGAGGUUUUGCUGAGGGGUGACAGACGCUGGAUUACAGAGUUGCACUAUGCCUUUCAGGAUGACAACUUUCUGUACCUGGUGAUGGAUUACUAUGUAGGGGGGGACCUGCUGACUCUGCUCAGUAAGUUUGGAGAUCGCAUCCCUGAGGACAUGGCUCAGUUCUACCUGGCUGAGAUGGUCAUGGCCAUUGACUCUGUCCACAGACUAGGUUUUAUACACAGAGACAUCAAACCUGACAACAUCCUGCUGACAGCUGAUGGACACAUCAGACUAGGGGACUUUGGUUCCUGUCUGAGACUCCUAGAGGAUGGGAUGGUUCACUCAUCUCUAGCAGUUGGGACCCCUGACUAUUUGUCUCCAGAGAUUUUAAGGGCAGUAAAGGGAGGUGGAGGUUAUGGUCCUGAAUGUGACUGGUGGGCUCUGGGUAUCUGUGCCUAUGAGAUGUUGCUGGGGAACACACCCUUCUAUGCAGAGUCCAUCUCUGAAACUUAUGCCAAGAUCAUCCACUUUCAGGAGUAUUUUGAGUUUCCUCCUUCUGGCCCUAAGAUUUCAGACAAGGCUUGUUUCUUCAUUACUGGGCUCAUCUGUGAGAGGGAAAUCCGUCUGGGUAGGAAAGGCUCCAGUGACUUCAAGAGCCAUCCAUUCUUCUAUGGACUAGAUUGGAGUUCCCUGCAUAAACUCCCUGCCCCUUUCCUGCCUGAAGUAUCUAAUCCAACUGACACUGCCAACUUUGACAUCCUGGACGACUGUCGCAGUGAAAUGGAGACGCUGUCUGAUGUAAUGGACAGAGCUCCAAUAGGAGUACACUUGGCUUUUGUUGGAUACUCUUACACCACUACAAGUCAGAUGGGUGCCAUUGACCGCAGUCAAGACAUCUUGAUGCAAAUUGACCACACAAGGCUCAAUGACUGUGAGAGUCUUUACACACCGGAGAAACUGAGCCAGCUGUGGCAGCUUACAGACACUGUACCAGAUAACCUGCCUACAUUGCUGGAGCUACCGCUCACUCUGGAUCAGGGUCCUACUGGAACCACCCACACCUCAACUGAGAAUGAAACUGACCAAAUAUCAGGACUCAAUGAAGACUUGCAGAGACGGUUACAAGAAGCUGAGAGGAAAUAUUUUGAGCUGGAGAAAGAAAUGGAGGGAUUGAAGAGGGAGAUACAGGACUGGCGAACCCCCAAGGAAAAAGAGCUGAGUAUCUGCCCAGUCUCUCUUGCUCUGACGGCCCACUGUAUGGACGCACCAUGGGAUAGGGAGAAAGUGCCCCCUGCCUGCCAUUACCCACUGAUGAUUCCUCUCCAUCGCCACCUGCUACUGUUCCACAGGGUUCGCCUGCCACAGGUGACUAGUGAGUCAUACCUGCUGGUGUGUGCAGAAGGAGGGGAGGUCCAAGCUUGGGAGAGACACUGUUAUAGUGAGCUCUCCUGAAUGCGCCUUAAGGUGGCACAUACUGAUUUCUCCCACUAUAACAGGACCAAAGACAGAGCAAUAGCUCUAUGAUCACUCCCUGCCCCACUCCUCAGCUUUCAAAACUUCACAAGAUGAAGAAGAAUCAGGACUAAAACGCCUCCAAACAGAGCUUCUCGGAAUGUCAUUAGUGAUGUUCCAAAUUAAGUUUCCCAACUGAUAUAUUGAGAAAGGUAGGUCAGACUGCUGGGAGCUAAUGAUGAAAGAAUGAUAAGGACAUUUUCUCACCUACCUUGCCUUCUUACCAGACAACACGUACCAGACUGAUAUUCAUGAUAAAGAUGCACUGAGCAAGGGUUAGAGAGCAUGCACUUUAAUGUGUGACAAUGAUUGAUGUUUGAGACAAUGCACAUCUUCAGGCAUUGACCAUGUUGGGGCAUUUAGCUGUUACACAAGAGAAAUCUUAUUUACUGUAUCAUAUCUGCACCUGUGAGUUGUUUGUCCUUAUGAUGCACUACUAUAGACAUGGUUUGUUGCUGUGCCUGUUGUAGUAUUCAAAAGGUUACUAAUGAUGACUAAUGUCUGUCUUAACCACAACACAUACCACUACAGGCUAUUGCGUUGUUAACAAGUACCCCUGACUGCAGUGUGCAGAUUGGGCAGAGCUCAACGUGGGCGGAGUCAAACGUUUGACGCUGCCACAUGAUAGAACUGCAUGCGCAGAAGAAAAAUAAUUGCCCCAAAUGAUGUGAAAUUGCAUAUUCACCCUUCCUCAAAGUGGCCAGAGUCAAACGUUUAAUAGUUGGGAAGUUAGGGUGGAAGAUGUGCAGUGUAGACACCCUAUAUGAAAUGUAUGACUACUUACAAAAACCUUUUCUAUAUUUAUUAAAUAAUUAAACUGAUUUUUCUCUACUUUCCACAAA